AGGGAGAGAGAGGAACAGUGUCACCACAGUCAUCUUUUUUUUCCAUAUAAAGUUGAUGGGAAAGGGCGUAUAAAUGUUGCAUCAAUUUUGAUCAACACAGUUUUUCUUUUCUUUUUCUUUCUUUUUUUGUGUCUUAGCCUUAGCAAAAUGAAGAAAAAUCAAAACCCCACAGUAGCUGUCAUUGGAUCAGGAUUCAGCGGAUUAUGUGCCGCAAUUCAAGUAAAAAACCAUUUCGGUAUCAAGGCACAAAUCUUUGAAAUCUCUAAUGAAAUCGGAGGAACUUGGCGCGAUAACACGUAUCCUGGUUGUGCCUGUGAUAUCCCUAGUCCAUUGUAUUCUUACAGUUUCGAAUUAAAUCCUAACUGGUCUUUGCACUACAGUGGUAAUGAAGAAAUCUUUGACUACAUGAAACACGUUGCUCGUAAACAUAAGUUAUAUGAGCAAGUUCGUUUCAAAACAGAAGUGGUACGUAUCGAAUGGGUGAAUGAUGAUCAAAUGUGGAAGGUUCAAACGCGAAACUUGGAGACACCCACUCAAGAAAUUAUUACGGAAUUUUACAACUAUGUCUUUGCUGGCCUUGGACCACUUAGUGUCCCUAAUGUUCCACCCCAAUUUAAAAGUUUCACAGGUACCACUGUUCAUACAGCCUUAUGGGAUCCAACGAUCGAUUUCACCAAUAAGAAAGUCGCUGUCAUUGGUAACGGCGCUAGUGCGGUACAAGCCAUUCCAGAAUUAAGAAAAGUCGCCCAACACUUGACACUUUAUCAACGUACAGCUACCUGGAUUCUUCCCAAGGAUCAAUUUAAGUAUUCAAAAUUCGCAAAAUUUCUUCUCAAAUACAUUCCCUUCUUGAUGCGACUUUACCGUAAUGCUAUCUUCUUUCAGCAUGAAUUGUAUUACCUAAAUUUUGGUUAUCACAGUACCUUUAUUGGUAGAUUGGUACACCGUUUAUUUACUUGGAUCACCGCUUCCAAAUUAAAAAAAGCUGGCCGUCCUGACCUCAUCCCCACUUUAACACCUAAUUUCCCUCCCGGUUGUAAACGUAUCGCCAAAUCCGAAAACUAUUUGGAAGCUUUAGCUCAACCCAAUGUCACCGUUGUUACUUCAACCAUUGAUAAAAUCGAUGGAACUACUCUCAUUGAUGCAAAUGGAAACAAAGAACAGGUCGAUAUCUUGGUCUUAGCAACCGGCUUUAAUGUUGCCGGAUUCCUUGGAAAUCUCACCAUUGUCGGAAGAGAUGGCAUUUGUUUAAAUAAGGAAUGGGACGAAAACUAUCCUGAUACGUACAAAAGUGCUACUAUUCAUGGCUUCCCCAACUUUUUCCUCAUGCUGUCUGCUGGCUCGGCUUUAGGUCAUAGCUCGGUCGUUACUAUCAUUGAAUGUCAAGUCGAUUAUGCCAUCAAAUGCAUGAAGUAUGCUAUGAAGAAACAAUUAAUUGCUAUCGAACCCAAACUUGAAGCACAAAAGAAAUAUACAAACAACAUUAAGCGUCAAUUUAAGGGAACUGUAUGGGAAACAGGUUGCAGUUCUUGGUACCUUAAUAAACGCGGAGAAGUGUAUGGUUUAUGGCCAGGAACGGUCACAAGCUUUUGGUGGAAUUGUUACAAAACUGGACUCGGAAAGAAUUUUAUCGAAUAUAAAUAAUUUUUUUUGUUACAUGUGUUAUGUGCAUGAGUCUGAAAAUUAUGACAAGAUGCUUCCAGCACCAAACAGAAUAGUUUGAAUUCUUAAAAUAGUCAAAUACUUUGUUUUUCUUUUGAAAAUUGUCGAUUUGUACCUAUUACACCAUAGUUUUUUUUUUUAUUUCCUCACUGUACGAGGAUAAUUUUUCUAAAGAAAGAAGUACCAAUAUAGUGACACCGUCUUUAAUGCUCUUAGAUUGAGACAGUCUUGAAAAUAAAUUUGCUGAGGAGGAUGCGUAGUUAUUAUAGGGAAUUAUCACAUCACAUAAGAAUGGAUAAUCGCAUAUAAUACUCUGAUUUACGCAUCACACUACUAAUUAUCAUCAAGACCGUUGAUGUUUGUGAAUAA